GCAGGACAACGAGUGAUGGAGAUGGCGUCGGGAGGCCUUCAUCCAGCAGUCGAACGGAAACGCCUGAGGAUGAUGAUGGCACUGUCAGAGUAUGAUAUAUGAGCUUUUGGAACACCAUCCAGUCGCUAAGCUGAUUUUCCAUCAGCAUUUCUGCACACCCAUGCGGAAAUCAUACGGGUUAUCCCACCCGGAAAUUUCCACUAGUCCAACCCACAUCUUGUAUAAAAAAAACACUACUUCCCCACCCUCUUUGUCUUCGACGUAACCUCUGAUACAUUACUGUAUACAUGCUGUGGCAGAGGCUGAAGUAUGUUUUAACAAAGAAAAGUAAACAGGAAAUACGUUUAACACGAUGAUGCCCCCAUAAAUGCACAAGACUGCUUGCGAAUGACGGAUUGUGUAAGUACUUGUUGUAGAAGUACCAUAUAAGUCGUUGGAUUGGACUUGAUACACGUGCACAGGGUUUGGCAGUCUCAGCAUUGAGAGAUAUCUGAAGAGUGGAAGAUAUAUAAACAAGUGAAACUUCACCUGCAUAACAAGGAACAAUGAAUAAAAAUAAAACCGUUUCUAGGGUAUGGACAUAUGUUGCUCUUUUAUUUAUCAUCGUGAGCAUUAUUCUGGCGUCAGUUUUGAUUCACCGGCAUGUAAAUGCAGACUUUCCCAAGAAGUGCCCCAAUAAAUUUGUUCUAAAUGGCAUUAAACCCGAUUAUAAGGCAAUAGAGAUAUUUUCCGACCUAACGCCAACAGAAUUGACCACCGUCAAGGACUUCCUGGUGAGCCAUAAGGAGCUCAAUAUUGUUGCCUCAGAAGCCACCGUGAACAGCAACUACAUCUACAUGAUAGAGCUCUACAACCCAGACAAAAAGGAAGCUUUGCAUUACUUAGACCAUGGAGGAGCCAAGCCUGCUCGAGUUGCUAAGGCAGUGGUUUUCCGCGGAGCUGACGUUCAGCCAUCGGUCGCAGAAUAUCUGAUAGGCCCGCUUCCGAAUCCAACCUGGUACCGGCCACACAGUCCAUCAACGAGGAAACGCGUUAUUAAUUUUAGCUCUCGGCCAACGACAAUCCCGGAAUAUAAGGCAUUACACGGAGAAUUUAUGCCCAGAAUUUUUGAAAAAGUCGACCACAUCCUCAAAGAAAGUUAUGGUUAUUGGUAUACAAACUGUACUAAACACUGCAUUAAUGCAGGUGACAUUCCAUUGAGAGGACUUAAGUCUGGAGAUAGGAGGUCUUGGGUCUUAUUUUUCAGACUUAUGGAAGGGUAUUUUUUGCAGCCAUUAAACUUUGAAGUUUUGGUUAACCAUGAAAGCUCAAACGUUGAAGAGUGGGCAGUGCAGAAAGUGUUUUACAACGGGCAGUAUUUUAAUAGUCUGGAAGAACUCAUCAGCCAGUAUGACAAUGGACUCAUUGAUAAGAUCAAGCUAACCGGCACCGUUAUAAAUUCAGGAUAUGAUCGUCGCGGAGCCUUCAGAGCAGACACGUCUCAGACGGGACCGCAGCAGUAUGAGCCCGAGGGCCACCGCUACCGGGUUGACGGGAACUUUGUGCAGUACAUGCCCUGGACGUUCGCUUUCAGAAUCUCUUACAUGGGGCUUCAGAUAUUUGAUAUCAAGUACAACGGUGAGAGAAUUGUCUAUGAGAUGGGCCUCCAAGAUGCAAUCUCUUACUAUUCUGGAAACAGUCCCACCGGCACACAAGGAAAAGCCAUUGACUCAGGUUGGCACUUUGGUGCCGACAACUUUGAGCUUGUGAAGGGGAUCGACUGCCCGCACACUGCCACGUACCUGGACACGUACCACUUUGUGAACUCUGAGAAGCCGCUGAAAUACCCGAACUCCGUCUGCAUUUUCGAGUACAACUCUGGUGUGCCAUUACGUCGACACUUUGACAGAGAUAGCCAUCUUGGGUUCACCUUCUAUGGUGGCUUGGUCAACUAUGUACUUGUGAUAAGGAGCAUCCAUAAUGUAUACAACUAUGAUUAUGUGAUGGACUACAUAUUCUACCAGAAUGGAGUCGUCGAGGCAAAGGUUCACCCGACUGGAUACCCCUUUACCACAUUUUUUUUCGGUGAAGGCCUCAAGUAUGGCAACAGAAUAUCUGAACACGUCCUAGGCAAUCUUCACACUCAUAUGUUAAACUACAAACUGGAUAUGGAUAUAGCCGGCACAAGCAACAGCUUUAAGACUGUGAGUCUGCAGCUCGAGAACACGACCGUCGUUUGGAGCCCAGAGCACGCCAAGGUCAUUCCCAGGGUGAAGCAUGACCUUAAGAAGACAGAGUCGGAGGCAGCCUUCAAGUUCAACGUCAGACUUCCAUACCUGGUGUUCAUGAACGAGAACGCCAGAAACAAGUGGGGCGCCCAGCGUGGUUAUCGCGUGCAGCUCACGAGCCACGGAAACCCCCUGUUGCCAGAGGAUUACGAAGAGGAGAAAGCUGCCACUUGGAGCAGGUACCAGGUGGCAGUGACAAAACGCAAAGAGACAGAGCGACACAGCUCCAGCAUCUAUCAGCAGAACGACCCUUGGGACCCAGCAGUCUAUUUCCAGGAUUUCCUCAAAGACAAUGAAAAUAUCGUGAAUGAGGACCUGGUGGCCUGGGUGACGGUGGGCUUCGUGCACAUCCCCCACUCGGAGGACGUCCCCAACACGGCCACCGCCUGCAACGGCGCGGGCUUCUUCUUCCGGCCGUUCAACUUCUAUGACGAGGACCCAUCGGUGGCCUCGCGGGACGUCGUGAUCCUGCGGCCAGGGUCCCACAGCUCUGGAAAGCCUGUCGUGUCCUGGUGGACGGAGCAGAGCCCCACUGAGCCCAGCGUGUGUCUGCCCGACAUUCAGCCACUAGAUUACAACGGCACACGCACUCCUGUGUAAGUGUAACGCACACAGUACUGUUGAGAUAGCUGUGAUGUCAUGUUAAAUCAAUUGUAUUCUUGCAUUUAUUCAACACGUUAUGAAUAAUAUAUGGUGAAAAAAAGAUGAAAUAGUAUGCAGGUUCAUCGAAAAGUCUCUGUGCAGUGGGCGCAAAUUUUAACCAGAGCCUGGAUGAAAUAAGAAUAGAAAUUACCCACGUGCAAGGGACAUAUACAGACAAAAUAAUGAACUGUAAUCAUUUGUUCUCAAACAUGUUAGGACAUGUUCGGUAGUGUUUGGAUGUAGAUUGUUCCCAAUUAAAUUAAUUACUGUGAAUUGUAAAGGCAGUUCUUUUGUACAGAGACUCUCUGUCACCUUGUUUAUAUGUGGGUAUUAAGAAUAAAAUUAUUCUGCACAUAACUUUGUUCCAUUCCACAGACGUUGCACAAUCACUGCAAACCUCUUUAUUUUUUGGCAUAGCAUUUGUAUUUCGAAUCACCAGUCAGUAAUCUCAGUGUGUUGAGAUCCCAUUAAUGGUGCUCCAACGCUUGAACUCCCUUCUUGCCUGGGUGGCCCAGCCCAGGGAGCCUAGCAAGGGAUGCAGGCAAGGCAAGGUGCCUGGCCUGCUUGGCCUAUGAAGAGGUUUACCACCUGUCCAGGUUUGACCGAGGCAGAUCAGGAAUUUGAACCUGUGUUCAGGUUCUGGCGGUAUUAUGCUGAACUUGACAGAACUAUGUCUGGGUUUGAUCGAUGAACAAGGAGGCAACACUACCAAUGAAAAACACAACUAGGCAUGUUAGAAAAGUAAUUAAGCAAAAAUAAACAAAUAUAUUCGCGAAAUAUUUGAGUGCUUUUUAAUUAAUGUAACUUCAUAAAAAUUAAUACAUUUUAUUAUCAAGCAUCUCGCCAUCCUAAUUCUAAAUUUUAGUCAUGUUUGAAUAUCUCCAUGAUGAUCACAUGACUCCAUCCAGCCAAUCAGAGCACAUUACCCCUAUAACAUCUGCACAUUUUGAAAGCUGAUUAAACAUUGUUGAGUGUU